UGGAUCGGCCGGUCCGGUAUUUCCGACGUGUCAGAAUAUCGGGCCGGCCAAUCGGCUCUUCUCUGCAGCAGGACCUUACCUGUUCCUCGGUUCAGCGCUGUACAGUCCGCAGUCUCUUGGUCAUCCCCUGUACUGUCUGCAGUCUCUGCUCAUCCCUUGUUCUGUGUCUGCAGUCUCUGGUCAUCUCCUGUACUAUAUCCUCAGUCUCUGGUCAUCUCUUGUACUGUGUCCGCAGUCUCUGGUCAUCUCCUGUACUGUGUCUGCAGUCUCUGUUCAUCUCCUGUACUAUGUCUGCAGUCCCUGGUCAUCUCCUAUACUGUGUCCGCAGUCUCAGGUCAUCUCCUGUACUAUGUACACAGUCUCUUGUCAUCUCCUGUACUGUGUCCACAGUCUCCAGUCAUCUCCUGUACUAUGUCCGCAGUCUCUGGUCAUCUCCUGUACUGUGUCUGCAGU